UUCCUUUGUUCUUUCCUACUUUUUAGUCCCUAAGCAUUUUCCUUUGUUACUAGCACGCUUUUAGAGUUGAGUUAAAUAUUUUCCUUUACCUCACUAAUAAUUCAUCACAACAACAACCAAAAGUUGUGUUUUUUGAACAUUCAACGACAAUAUGAUUCAACCGUUAUUCGCACUUGUAUUUUUUGAAGUGGCAGUGGUAUUGAUCCUCGUAUUCCGAACCCCUUUAAGAAAACCUGUUUUGAUGGCAUUGGAUAGAUCAAAACAAGGGAGGGGACCUGUCAUAGUAAAGAGUGCUGGUGGAACCUUAUUUGUGGUUUUAGUCUCAAUCUUGUUCAAUGUCACUAUUAUUCAGAACCGUGCCACGGAAUCUGGCACUGUCAAUCCAACUGAUCAAGUUCUAUUGGCUAAUCACCUCCUAGAAGCGUCACUCUUGGGAUUUUCAUUGUUUCUUGCAUUGGUCAUAGAUAGACUUCACUACUAUAUAAAAGAGCUGCGUCUGCUAAGGAAGACUUUGGAGGCAGAAAAGAAAACAAAACAGAGCCGCGAGGUGGAAAAUGUGACACCAAAAAGUCCGACCAAAAGUACAUAGACAUAUGGAGGCUAUAUAUCUAAGUUUUACCAACUAUAUUUUCUGUUUGUUUGAUCUUUUAGGUCGUCUUUAACACGUAUAUUUGACAUUUCCUGGUGCACGACGAUGUUUUUUUUUUUCCUCCAAUUAUUUUAAAACUCCUUUGUAUUCCUAAAUGUCUGAUGGUGAUUUGUAAUUUGUUUAUUCCAAGAGUAUACUGUUAUUUAACUGCCACUCUUGUUGUCAAACUACCAGGAAAUAGAAAUGGAAAGGAACCAUAAAGUUUCAAUGA